CUGACAACGCGUUUUUUGCGCUUCGCAUCUUCGGUUUGUAACGGAAAAACAAGCGCUAGAGGAAAAGAAAGUUCUUCCCGUUGAAAAGAAAUUAAACGCACAGCAAAUCAACUCCAACCAUGGUGCGAACGAAGGUAUCGCGCAUCGGGGCCAAGCGCGGGCAAAACAGUUCCGAUUCGAAGAUGUUCAUCGAGAUGAAACUGCGGGACUUUGAUGUCAUCACCGAAUGCCACAUGACAAACAUCGAGCUCAAGUAUCAGAACGAAAUGGACAAGCUAAAUCGUGCGUUCGAAGUGUUGCGAUCGCGCAUUCCAAAGAACCUACUUUCCAUGACGAUGAGUGAGCUGCGCCUGUUGAUCCAUCAUUAUUUCAGCUCCUAGGUCGCGACGUUGGGUUUUGUCACUACAGUAGCCACUUUCACCGUUGCCAUGCUCGGCCCAGCUCUGAAAGGUCAAACAGCCGAAGGACGAUUAAAUCAAAUUCAAUUAUC